GGAAGCUGAAACUGUAAACAAACGCCAACUUCCGAGUGGCUCGGACACUUCACGUGUUUUAGUUGGAACCUCAGGUCGGACAUUAUGUUUAAAAACACAUUCCAGAGCGGUUUCCUGUCCAUUCUGUAUAGCAUUGGCAGUAAGCCGCUGCAGAUAUGGGAUAAAAAGGUGCGAAAUGGUCACAUCAAGAGGAUCAUCGAUAAUGACAUCCAUUCAAUGGUGCUGGACAUUGAGGGAACAAAUGUCAGCACCACCUACAUUGCUUGCCCUGCUGAUCCCAAAAAGACAUUGGGCAUCAAGCUUCCUUUUCUUGUCAUGAUCAUCAAAAAUCUAAAGAAAUACUUCACCUUUGAAGUUCAGGUGUUGGAUGAUAAAAAUGUCCGUCGUCGUUUUCGAGCCAGCAACUACCAGAGCACAACGCGUGUCAAGCCAUUCAUCUGCACCAUGCCCAUGAGGCUGGAUGACGGCUGGAACCAGAUCCAGUUCAACUUGUCCGACUUCACCAGGAGAGCCUAUGGAACCAAUUACAUUGAGACACUACGAGUGCAGAUCCACGCCAACUGUCGAAUCAGACGGGUAUAUUUCUCUGAUAGAUUAUACUCUGAGGAUGAGCUCCCAGCAGAAUUUAAACUUUUCCUGCCUGUCCAGAACCAGAAGGCCAAGCAGUAGCUUCUGAUGUGGUGUGACCUCUGCUGAGCUCAGUGAUUCCUUCAGCUUUCUUUAUUUUCUUUAUAUAUUGUUUCAGUUCAUAGUGAAGUAAAUUUAUUUUUUAAAAUUGUGUGAAAAUGUACCUAAUAAAUACUUUU